CGCAGAGCUCUUUGGAGGUAUGGAGAGAAAAAUAGAAGGAGGCGUGUCCAUUUGAAGAUUUCUGCGAGGAAAUCGAAACUAAUUGUGUGACACCGGGAGAGGGGAGCUUGUAACCUGGUUUUUUAAAUCGGUGGAUCAAAGCAGAGAUCCCAUAGAGAAAGAGAAUAAUCUGACGUUUACUUCGAAGUAAAUCCUCCCCCUGCACGCUUCCAGACGGGAAGCGGUCAAAGGUUGCCAAAAGAUUUGAACUGACAGCACAUCUGUAUAUCUCCAAUGGGUACUCAGAAGCCUCUCAUUGUGCCCUGGCUGAUAGAGCAAUUGGACAACCAGCGAUAUCCAGGUGUGUCCUGGCUCAACUCAGAAAAAACACUUUUCCGAGUACCAUGGAAGCAUGCAUCACGGCAGAGCAUUAACCCAAAGGAUUUUCAGAUCUUUGAGGAUUGGGCCAUUGCUAGACACCUUUACAAUCCAGAAACGGAUCCUCGGACUCCUUCAGAAUGGAAGAGGAACUUCCGCUCUGCUCUGAACCGAAAAGAUGGUAUUGAGAUGGUGGAGGAUAAUAGCACUGACCCUGAAGAUCCUCACAAAGUCUAUGAAAUCAACUUUAAUAUUGCCAACCUAAAUAAUCCAGCUGUGGAGGUUAUUCAUGCACCAUUGAUUCCAGCUGAAAGUAGGAAGUCAAAGGGAAUAAGUUCAUUGUUUAGUCAGGAUGAAACACAGAAGAAUAUGCUGAGUUCCAUGGAUCGUUCCAAUUUCGAUAAUGCCCUAGAAGACUAUCCAAUGUGGUAUCAAUUGAAUCCGGCUGAUUCUACAACACCGAUGACUCUAUUGGAACAAACCGAGAGAACCAGUGAAUUUGGAAUGGCAGCAGAAAAUAGAAUUGGCUGUGGAAGCUCACCUUCAUCCAAUUUAGGAUUGUAUUCACCCAUUGCCAUGAACUCACAAUUGGAACAACUGAUAACAACUCCGUUUGAGACAGAUUUUGAGGUUCGGACUUUUUAUCGGGGUCGUCAGGUCUUACAUGAAGUGAUCAAUAAAGUGAACAACCAAGGCCUGUGCUUUGUGCCUCCUGGUGUCCAUGGCAAUUAUCUUGAUUUGGCGGAUGUAUCUUUGCCUGACCCCACCAUUUUGAAUGAUAAGCUGCAAGCAGACUACACACUUCGCCUUCUCAAAGGAGUGGCUCCAGGUGUGCUUCUCCGUAUCACAGGAAACCAAUUGUGCGGCAUGCGCAAAGGUGUUUGCCAUGUCUACUGGAGCCAAUCUGAAAUUCCAGGAGAUGGUGCACAGCAUGGAAACCUACUGAAAGAGCAGUUUACUCCCAUUUUCAAUCUGCAGCUUUUCGUAUCAGAUUUGAUUGGGUACAUCGAAGGGCGCAAUGGUUGUCCUAAUUACACUUGGUGGUUAUGCUUUGGGGAAGAGUGGCCUGACUCCAAUUGUGUCUGGAAGAAAAAACUGAUUAUCGUACAAGUAAUUCCCAAGGUUUUAGAAACUCUUUGUGAACUGGGAAAAAGUCAUGGGGCAUCAUCAUUAAAUGGUAAUGAACCAGACUUAAGGAUUUCAGAUUCUCUACAACAUCAACAACUUUUGGAGCAGCUGCGAAAAUGGGAAGAAAAGAUGGAUAUAGUUUAGAAACUAGCUAUACUGUACUGUACUACAUAUUGUCCGAUAUAAUUCAACUACUUUUGGAUUCUUCUAUUCUACAGCAGAAUAACAUUUUGUCUUUCCUGUGAAAAGGUGAACACCGAGAACUGAAAUGUAGCCUGGAAUUCUGUUGGACCUUUUGCAUUAAUAUGUUUCCCUCCUCUUGCCAGCCUUCUGGUUUGAGGCCUACAUACUAUCUAGAAUGUUAAAAAGCUUGUCUUCUUUGGUCUAAUAAAAAAUUGCUUCGUAUUAUCUUGA